GGUUCACUGCAUGAUGGGGAAAAAAAAAUGCUUGGUUAGAGACAAAAGUUUAAUCAUGUCUGCACCUUGUCCUGUGAAUGAUCUAGCAUGGAAAAAAGAAAUAAAAAACACAGAUCCAAUCCAAAUGCUGUAACAUUCAAGGUCAAAGAUUAAGGUGCUGCUUCCAUUGAGAUGGCAUAGAAGAUAUUUCCGACGCAAAUGUAGGUGAUCUGGUUGUCCACAGAUGGCAUAAAAGAUUGGUCAAUUGCAGCUAUGGAUCCAUCGGAUAUCUUGGUGGCCCUAACAAUUUGCUAUCUUCUAGGUAGGGUGGGAGCACUAAUCAAUCAAAACAUGGAAAUACUCUGAAUUAUCCACGUUGCCGAAGUACAUGAUGCUGAUGAAGGCUGGGAUUAGGAUAUGGCCAUAUGGGUGUUCAGGUGGGCACUUCUUCUGACAAGGUACAGUAUCCACACGAAAAGGCGCGGCGAGGUGGGCUUCCCGGAGCAGCUCCCACACGCGGUGGGCAGAAGAAAAGGUGACCGACAUGAAUGCGGCGAGGUUCUGCCAUUGCCGGUGGCUGCCAGCGAGACAUGGGGCAUGGCGGCGGCGGUUGCAGACAAGCUGCUGGAGCUCUCCUCAUCGACCUGCGCAGCACAUGCGAGACAGAGAGCUGCUGGAUCUGCCGGUGAAAACGAGGAGGGAGGUUCUGUGACGAUCUGCCAUAGCUUUUUGUGCUGCCGGAGUGGUUGGAUGAUCUGCGGCCUCCUUGGCGGAGCGGUCGAUCGGCGUCCUGGGAGAGGUCGGAGGCGAGCCGGAGCAGGAAGAAGACGACGAUCUGCCGGAGCUUUGGACUGCGGCCGAGCGGCGACGGCGAGGGAGUUGCGCAGGCCUCCGGCGAGCAGAAGCUGGUCGCAGGCGGAGGCGAUGCGAUCCUAGGCGUGGGAUUCAGCUAGCUGAUCCAAUCCUACGAUCGCACGCGUGGGAUCAGGAGCUGAUCGUGGGCGGGCGGGAGGACAGGUAUCGCGGCUGGCGCGGCCGGCGGAGAUCGCGGCUGGCCAUUGUAAGAGGUUAUUUUAUA